AUGGGAGGUACAAGAAGUAAUGAAGGGUGCAUAACUCUUGGACCAUGGGGUGGUUCACAGGGUGAAGACUGGGUAAUUAUGCCUGAAGGCGGCUUUCUUAAAAAGAUCACAAUCGUACAUGCAGGGGUUAUCGAUCGCAUUAGAUUUCAAAGUGAUUGUCAUACGGGUAAAACUGAAACCUCCAUUUUUGGUGGAGAUGGUGGCAACAAAACUGACAUGAUUUUAAUUGACUACCCAGACGAAUAUUUGACUAAUAUAAGUGGGACAAUUGGUCAAUUUGGAGGUUCUACUGUAGUCAUGUCUUUAUGCUUUCGAACAAAUCAGAUUCGUUAUGGUCCGUAUGGUAAUUCAGAUAAAGGCACCCCUUUCUCAUAUGAUGGUAAAGAUGGGAUGAUAGUUGGAUUUUAUGGUCGUGCUGGAAAAUACAUUGAUUCUGUUGGGAUUUAUGUGAUUCCUAAAUCACUAGCAUUAUAUCCCAACUUUGCUUGUAGAGACAAAUCUUCACAUGGGCUGUGCUGUAAGAUGUCUGCACUAGGAAUGGCGAGUGGGGCAGGACCUUGGGGGGCUGCUGGAGGUAAGCCAUGGGAUGAUGGAGUUUUCUCACAUGUCAAACAAAUACGUGUUUAUUUAGGAGUGUCUUUGAAGGUCUUUUGUGGCGUCCAAUUUGAAUAUGUUAAGAGGGAUGGUAAUUCCGUUUUGUCACAAAUGCAUGGAGGAACACGUGGCGAUAAAACAGAAGUGGUUAAUUUUGAUGGUGAGAAAGAGUAUUUGACUGGGAUAUCGGGCUUUUACGGACCUGUUGAAGUUAAUGGGUUGGAAGGCAUAACUUCAAUUUCAUUUCACACAAACAAGAAGAUGUAUGGGCCUUACGGACAAGAAAGUGGAGAAGGGUUUGUUUGUUUUACUUCAACAUCAUCAUCAUCAUCGCCCGGGAAAGUGGUUGGGUUUCAUGGGAGGAAUGGUGACUUUCUAAUCGCAAUUGGUGUUCAUAUGGAGUAUUUCUGAAGAUGAUGAUAG